GCGCAGACCAACACUCUCCACUCCACUCCACUCCACUCUCCACGCCUCCCCAGCCAUGGCCGCCCUGAAGAUCGUCGUCUCCGGCGCCGCCGGCCAGAUCGCCUACUCGCUGCUGCCUCUCAUCUGCAUCGGCCACGUGUUCGGCCCGACGCAGCGCGUGGAGCUGCGGCUGCUGGACAUCCCGCCCGCCCAGGAGGCGCUGGAGGGCGUCAAGAUGGAGCUGCAGGACUGCGCCUUCAACCUCGUGGACGCCAUCGUGCCCACGUCCAACCUGGAGACGGCCUUCAAGGACGCGGACGUGGCCAUCCUCGUGGGCGGCUUCCCGCGCAAGCAGGGCAUGCAGCGCAAGGACCUGAUCGAGAAGAACGUGACGAUCUUCAAGGCCCAGGGCGCCGCCAUCGACAAGUACGCGUCGCGCGACGUCAAGGUGCUCGUGGUGGCCAACCCGGCCAACACCAACUGCCUCAUCGCCAUGGAGAACGCGCCCAGCAUCCCGCGCAAGAACUUCUCGGCGCUCACGCGCCUGGACCACGAGCGCCUGCGCUCGUUCCUCGUGGAGAAGGUCAACGAGACCCGGAGCGCCAAGGUCACGUCCAAGGACGUCAGCAAGGUCGUGAUCUGGGGCAACCACUCGAGCACGCAGGUGCCCGACGUCACGUACGCCGAGGUCCAGGGCCAGCCGCUCGACAAGGUCGUCUCGGACAAGGACUGGGUCGAGAGCAAGCUCGUCAAGGACGUGCAGGAGCGCGGCGCGGCAAUCAUCAAGGCGCGCAAGCUCUCGAGCGCCAUGUCGGCCGCCGCGGCCAUCGGCGCGCAUCUGCGCGACUGGUUCAACGGCUCCAAGGACGGCGAGUACGUGUCCAUGGCCAUCUGCUCGGACGGCAACAAGUACGGCGUGCCCGAGGGGCUCAUCUACUCGUUCCCGGUCAAGUGCACGGGCAACGGCGCCUACGAGGUGGUCAACGGCCUGCCCACCUCGUCCCGCAUCGACGCCAUGAUGAAGGCCACGGCGACGGAGCUCACGGAGGAGAAGGCCGACGCCGUCGAGAUCCUCGCGCGCCAAUGAAGCGAGGCGGGCAGCAAACUCUAGCGCGACCUGCUUGCUGUGUCUGGACGUGUUUGUGCUGCUUGGGUCGCGCCCAUCGCCUGCUUGAAAUCAAUCAAUUUAUCUUGUUCUACGUU